GUGCUUCGCCAGUUUGUAAGACAUGAGUCUGAAACAGUUGGCUCAUUGGUACUGGAAAGAUCCAUGAACCGUGUUCAGUUGCUUGGUCGGGUUGGACAGGACCCUAUCAUGAGGCAAGUGGAGGGCAAAAAUCCUGUUACCAUCUUUUCUCUUGCAACCAACGAGAUGUGGCGAACAGGGGAAAGCGAGGCAAGCCAGGGAGGUGAUAUCACUCAGAAGACGACAUGGCACAGGAUCUCCGUCUUCAGGCCGGGUCUCAGGGAUGUUACCUAUCAGUAUGUGAAGAAGGGUGCUCGACUCUACGUUGAAGGGAAGAUAGAUUAUGGUGAAUAUACAGAUAAAAACAACGUGAGGCGGCAAGCCACAACAAUUAUAGCCGAUAAUGUGAUUUUUCUGAGUGAUGGUAUGAAAGAAAAGGUGUGAGGUCAUUAGCGCUUGGACCCAGGCCAUUUCAUUCCUUUCGUUUUACAGUGCUUCAUAAUUUUGUGAUCACAUAUACUGCUGUAGUUUCUUUAAAAAAUAAAUAAAAUGUUUGAUACCU